AUGUUAUCUACGAUUCUCCAAUUACUCCUUUUAACAUCCGCUGUUAGGCUGGAGCCAAGCGUAAUCGACAGCCUCACCAUCCAGUUACCGGUACUUUCAGAAAACGAUGGUAAUCAAUCCAUUUCUCCUCCUAAUCUUCCACAAGGACCUAUGGAAGACUCUCUUCAACAACGGCCCGAAAAUCUUCACAUAAACACCCCACUAAAAUCUACCACAGCCACGACAGCCUCCCCUGCUGCAGAUCCACCAAUUCCAGCUCCACCGCCACGGCAACUUCCUCCUAUUCCUGCACACGAAUCAUCUUUGACAGAUCAGUCUGGCAAAACAUCGGCGAACCCCAGUUGUCCAUCCAUCUUCUGCUUCAUAAUGACUCUUCAUAAUGGAACCAAAAUAUUUGACUGUGCACACGAACUUCCACGUAAUGGAAUGGUUACACAUCAACUAGACUGCAACUAUUGGCAACCUCCGAGCACCUCACUGAUCCCAAUCACGGCAAAAUUUUUCAAUAAUGGCGGUAAGGCAGUUAUGAACACAGCCAACCAUCCAGAGCCACUCAGAGUUGUCCUUAAGCCCAGAACGGAUAACCCAAACCUCCGGAUAGCUGCUGAUGCCAUGGUUCCAGGUGCACUGACGAGGCUGGUUGAGGCUGUGAGGGAGCAUGUCCGACCCCCGCCUACCACACAAAUUAAACUUUCACUUAUUAUGGUUAAAAUAAAGCGAAUGACAUACGAGGACUUGGCGAGGGUUUUUACGGUUGCUAAUUUAAGCGGCUUGAAUCUGUGGAAUCCGGAUCACUUGGAGGAAACCAGUUUCUUGCAAGAUGUCAGCAAGGUUUCCGCGUUAGCAGAGGUUUACGUCAGGCUGAACUUCUACUGCGAGACAGAAAACGAUCAUCCUGCGUUUGGCCGACUUUGGCUCCCGUGGCUCCGUUGGCAAGUCAAAUUUCUGCAUUGCAGAGGUCACUACUCUUGCUACCGAUGGCCCCGUGAAGAACGCCUCUGUUGUAACCCCCAGAGAUGUCCGGAAACCCCCGGUUACGUGAUAACCCAUGCCGACAAACUGGCUAGCAGGGAUCCAGCCGUAUCGCACGUUCACCAGCAACAAAUUCUUGACUUUUACUCCUGUGAAACUGAGUCGGACUUGACUAAUCCGCUUGUAGAAUUGAGGAAACGCGAUAAUUGUUGGGCGAUCCCCGGGUAUGGGCUGUUAGACACGACGCUCAGACCGACUGAAGCCACUACGACCACCGUCGCGUGGCAGACUCCCACCAGACCUGCCAGCACACCCACCCCCCUUUCCCCAAGCCUGAAGCAACAGCCUUCAGACGACGGCAAUAUCGACCGCCUGAGGAUGCGAAAUCUCAUCAUUGGAAUUGUUUGCCUGCUCAUACUCAAUUUAAUAACAUUUUGCUGCUUUGUGAUCGCCUGUUGCUGGGCGUGGAAAAAGUUGGGUGAUGCCCAGAGCCGGCUACAGCAAAACUCCAACGAUGUUGCCGGAACUUAUGUGCCCAAGGAAACUUUCGAAAAAUCUGCGACAACACGAGCAGCCCAGCCCUCUGAUCGUAACGCGAACAUCGGCUUGUGCACCCCCAUCGCCACCGCCGCCGCCGCCUUCGCCGUGGUGAGCCAAACUGAGGCCUUUCUCAAGGUCAAUGUGAUGGAUUUGCGAGCACCACCGAGCGUAACCGACGACGUGGAGAAGCCUCCGUCAGAGUUGGCUCCGACGCCAUUGUUUGCGCGCAAUGCCAUGCAGGGCUCCUACGAACACACACCGAUCAUGGGCUCACGUGAUGCCCUGCUGCCAGCACUUUCCACGCCCGGACUCCCACGGGUCGUGGAUGGGCUGCCACCGCCGCCAACGAGAAAGUCAACUGGAUGCGCCAAUCUUGGUGUCCGCCGUGACAACGACUCCUUCCGAAGUCGUCACACACUUGUCAUUGAGGGGGACAGCACUAUGCGAUCCCCGGUGUUCCCUCAAAUACAAAAUGUGUGA